AUGUGUGCCAAAUUACCCAUCAAUCAAUUGUUAAAAAAUCACUUAAAUGAUGAGCCGUUGAAUUUUAAGGUGAUGAUGGUUGGAAGUAAUAGAGUUGGAAAAACAUGUUUAGGUGCACUUUUAACGUUUGGUCAAUAUCGUUCUCCAGAAUAUUGUCCAGCUCUUUGUGAUUUAAGGCCCAUUGAAUAUUCUGGAAAUGGAUUCACAACUGCUACUACUGGUCAAUCUAGCCAAUUCGCAAUAUGGGAUACAUCAGGAGGGGAUGAGUAA